AUGGCAGAAAACGCCCCCGGCCAAGCAUCUCCUGCUGGAAGUCGCAACCAACCUCAAAUCAAGAACUCAUCGAGCAACGUCAGCAACCUCGACAAAGAGCCAAGCAAUGGCACCGGCGCCACCAAGGACGAACUGAACUAUUACCGGGAAUUCCUGGAUGACAUGGUUACCGUCAUGCGUGAUGGCAACGGAGAGACGGUCCAACGCCUGGUGAAUCUCAUCCGCUCGGGCGUGUCAAAGGCCCAAAUCCACCAAGCUAUCCAGCAGCUCAAGAACGACAACGACCUCUUCCGCGCCUAG